AUGGAGAGGAAGUGCCUUGGUGAGCGAGAGGGGCUGAGCUUCUGGCUGGCGCAGCCUGAUGACUAUGACAGUGUGAUGUCCAUUUCUAAAGGCAUGAGUGAUGAUUAUCUGCCACACUUCUACCAUUACUGGAUGAAGGAACCUGGGAGAACAGUUUUACUGGCACGAAGAGAGGGCAAACUGGUGGCGGUACAGUCAUGGCUAAUAGCUGAUGAGGGUGGCACAGCAGUGUUCGAGGGGCUGAGGGUGUCUCCUACUGAGAGGGGUCGUGGUAUAUCAUGGGCCGCUAUUCUCUGUUUAGUUGGUCAAGAAGAAAGCUUGGAUGACCUUAUCUCUCACUUGAAGCAGAAAUUACAGUUCUUGGGAGUUACUUCAGGUCUGAUUCCUCUGAAUGAAACCCAGCUUAAGAAAGUUCUCCUUGACCCCAAACUUCCCUCCAGGGUCCAACUCCCUGGCGGUUCCAUCAUCCAGACCUCGCAGCCACUACAGCUAAUGGAAGGAAACCUGGAGAUCCUGAAGAGGUGGAACCUCACCUGGUUGGCUGACAAUGAAGAAGACCCUGUCUUUCUCAGCUUCUACGCACCUUCUUAUCCAGUCCCAUACAAUGGAAGAUCAACACUUUUAAACAUUAAUAUAUUUGGUACAGACUAUAUGAUGGCCCAGGGUGCACUGGUUGGCCUCUUAGAGGCUGCCAGGUCAAAGGAGGAGCUGAAGGGAACUAUACUCUUUCAAGUGCACAUGCCCUGGUCAUUGGUGGAAACAUUGCAGGCUUUCUGUGACGGGCACCAAGGGUUUACGAGAUGUGGAGAAGUCCUGGAACAAGUGCUUUUAGAGAUGAAAUAUGCAUAG